AUGGCGCGAAACCCGGCCAUCGAUCCCCCGCGAUUCGCAGCGCCGGCGAGGGUCUACUCGAGCGCUUCUGCUUCACCCUCGCAAUCACGAUCUCCUUCGCCCUCGCGACACAGACGCAACCACUCACAGUCAUACGAUCCCCUAGGCCGCGAUCUGUCACCGACGCGUACACUGAAAGCUUUCACCUCGGAACCCGGGAGCGAAGAGAGCAAGAGCCAGGCAGCCUUGGUAGGCUUGAUCGAGAAAGCAUCGACUUCAGAAAGAGCAUUUGGAAUCAGAAUAGCACAGACGUGCAAGGACAUCAAACUCUGGCAUAAUGAGUUGCAACAUUGGCCAUGGUCCGAUUCCUUUGAGCCCCCAGCACACGCCGCCGCCGCCGUCGAGGGUCCAUACUGGGGCAGUCUGCGCGAAAGCCAGGUGCUUGCAUUCGAACAGCGCAUCCAAGAGAUCCGCGAAAGCCUGUUCGACCAGGACGUUGACGAGCUGAAGCACUAUGUCCUCUCCCAACAUGUCCAGCCAAAGACGUCCAAUUACGACCACUACGAACACCUCGACGACUUCACCGCUCUCAUCACUGCAACCAUUCUGCGUGCCCUACCCUAUCUCUCACGUCUCGAUCGUCUGCUCAACACCUGGUCCAUGCGUGUGUCUUUGUUGCGCAAGGUGCCUGGUUAUCUCAAGGGCCUAGAUCAAUUCAGAUCUGAUCUCGACAAUGCAUGGCUUGACAUGACUCGCUGUCUGCGCGAGACACACGACCCAUCCACUACGCGUGACGCCUUCCAAGCUCUUCAAGAACAGUUGGAGUCUCGCAUGGGCAAAGUCGGCGGCCGACUCGACUCCAUGUUGGAUGAUCUCGAAGGAAGAGAAGAGACUCUCCCAGAUUCCUGGAUCGAUACUUUUGAAUCUCUCGAGCUGAGCUACAGCGAAUGGCUUACCCAGACCGACCGUCACAUUAUUGCUCAGAACAUGCCUCUACAUGUGCCUGCCGUCAAGAAACAAGCUCCUGCCGCUGUCAUCACUCGCGAGGUUGUCUCUUCGUCCGUUGACUCUUCAGAUCACGAAGACUCUACCGUUGUUCAUGCCGCUCCAGAACUGAUCUCGUCUCCGGUCAUUGGUCCUAGCACCAGCCUGGAGACAGCGAAUGGAAUAUCAGAGUCCGCGAAGCGAAACGACGAGCAUGUUGUUUUCCAGCCGGUUGAGAGCCCCAUCUUAGGGACGGGCUCUGCCUUCUUACACGAUGUGGAUGAGACUUCAGACAUGGAGAGCGAUAGUGUACCCAAAGAUGUACUGAAGGCACCCGCCUCCACAUCUGACAAUGCUCAGCCAGCUGUGUCAACUACCGAUUCUCUUCAUCGAGCCGGCAGCUUGAAGUCAUUGCCGCCGAGCACUUCGCGCUCCCGCCAUGUACCCAUCGUUGUGCAACACAGUGAGGCCGCUUCCAGUCCUUCACUCUCGAUCGCACCAACGCCCGAGCUUGGUUCUCCAUCCACCUCUAUUGCUGCCUCUUCCCCGCCCACCGUAGAGCAGACUUCUCCCGCCAUGAGUGGUGUUCGUGCUCGCGCUGCCUUCCUCAAUGGAGGUAUUGAGCGUACUCAAUCGCUGCAAAAAUCUGUCAAUAGUCCUGUCCGUCCCUUUGAGCAUGCUUCCAUGGCAUUCACAAAGCUCUUCAAUAAGACCAAUAAUGCUGCAAAUACUACAUCCAACCAUUCGAGGACUAGCUCCACCUCGAGUCGAGCAAGUAAUCGUAAAGGUCUCGGGUUGGGAAUCAAGAGUCAUGAGGGCUUCCGCCAUUUUCAUCGCUCGGCAUCUCUGACGACACCUGCUCAACCUGAUCUGAGCAGUGUCACGCAAUCGUCACAUCUCGCUCACUCCUCAUCGUCAUCAAUGACAAGGCAUAGCUUUGGCUCAGAGCAGGCUGCAGUCACGAGCGCUGUCUCUCAACCCGCACAGAUGAAUGUUCCUCAAGAUCAUCAACGGCCAAUGGACGCUUAUGUCACUCCAGAGAUAGAUCAAGAUUACUUCCUCUCGUCCGAGAACAGCAAGUCGACACUUGAUUCGAACUGGAACUCGCCUGCGAGGGUAGAGUUCCCAGAGAACUGGCCCUUGCCCGUUAUGAUACACGAUGAUGAGACAUCCACACCAAAAGACCCAAUGGAUUCUGAUGUGUUCGAAAAGAUGUUCGUCGACUCUCUACCUGGAACGCCGCAGACCAAAUCUCGACCACCAUCGCAAGAAAGCAAUCCUUUCGAGAAGAUGUUCAGACACAAACGGUCCAAGUCAAAGGAACCCCUUAUUGAUGACACCAUGCUCAGUAGCAUCGGUCAUCACAGACCUCGUAGCGGUUCAUCAUCUCCUGGUAGUCAGAGACCACGGCACAUGUCCAGACCUAGCACAACGAGCCUGUCGUUUGAGCCGAUUACUGAGCUUCCAACACCAGGAUCGUUCGAUGCGACCCCCGAAGUACAAGAUGCCUCAGCUGCAGGCUAUUUCAGAGCUAAGCAGGUGCAGACUUCGCCUGGGAGCAGGAUAUCGCCAUCCGCUGGGAGCAGUACCUCUUGGACCAAUUUUAGCUCCAUGGGCGCGGGACAUGAGGAGGGCAAUGAAGUUUCUGACGAACGGGACGAUGAACCCACCUACGAGAAGAGGCGUUCAAUGAUCAAACGGGCAUCCGUCACCUCUAUUGAGAAUCAUCCUCGCUCAGAGUUGAACACCAUCGAGAUCCCCGAUAUGCCGAGACGAUCUAGUAUCUCCUCACCUAAGGUAACCAAAGAGGCAUCAUUCGAGAUUAUGCACGAUGAUAUGUCAUCUCAAGACGAUCUUGGUGGCGAGCCCCCUGCUUUUGGUCUACCACCGCCUAUGAUGCGUUCAGAUACAGAGAGGAGCGCCGCUGGUAAACCGAUAGGGGCAGUCAAACCUCCGCCUCUGGAUCUAGAGGUCCAUAAACGCCGCUAUGUCGUAGAACCAGAGGCUACACCUAAGGCUUCGGAGACCAAUCGCAGCAUUUCCCAGCCAGAAACGGCCAGGAAGGGACAUACGCGCAACACGUCCAACGCUGAACAGUUGGAUCGUCACGUCAGUCGUGUCCUCAAUACUCUGCCUUCUAGAAUUGCUUUCAAGCCUUCGCUCUCGUUACCUUCUCGUGAUUUGUCUCCUGCGCCGAGCACUGCCACUGGGCCACCUAGACCGCGUCCUGCGGUGUCGGGCAAACCUUCUCGCACCGGUCUCACUUUAUCGGCCGUUCAAUCUGAAAUGACCUCCCGAAGAUCAACCACGACCGACGCAGACGGCAAGAUGUAUUACCUCACACAAGAAGGCAAAGAGCAGCCAAUCAAGUUGUACGUUCGCCUGGUGGGCGAGGGUGAACGCUGUAUGGUACGCGUGGGCGGCGGCUGGGCCGACCUGGGCGAAUACUUGCGCCAGUAUGCGGAGCACCACGGCCAUCGUACCUUUAGUGACGGUAAGUUGGAAGUGGGUGGCACACGUGUUGGUGGCGGUGCAAAGACUCGAACACCUCUCAGCAGGCCUGGAAGCGUUCUCGACCGUCCGGACAGCAGUAUGAGUUUCCGCAGCCGUUCAUCCUUCGGUGCUGCAGGGGCCCCGAUGCCAGUGGACAUGCUAUACAGCAGUCCUUCUGCAACCACCCAACCGAUUGACCUCACACCUACCACUACUCGCAACAGUGCUUACCAUACUCCUACUGGCUCUGUGAAGAGUUCCUCCCGUCCCUCAACUGCAGACACCUUUUUGAAUGCUUCUCCGUCCUCAUGGUCUGGGCAAGACAUCGGUCUCGCAGGUCCCUCGGUCAAGCAUUCACGUGGCAACCGCGAACUCGACGAGCAGAAGGCUCGCUGGGUAGAAGAGAUGAUGAGCCGAGCCAAACAGGCUAGCAGUGUAGAGAGAAAGAAGAGCGAGACCGACCGCGUCGCUUGGUCAGACAUGGGCAAGGUCGGCGGCACGAGACGCAUGAUAUUCCGCCACAAGACUGGUGGAGAAAAUGGAAGUGGAUAG